CAUUCCCCUCCCUCCUUCCCUAAUUUUCUCCCCCAGCUGGCUGGAUGGCCGCUUGUUCUACGCCCACAAGCCCUUGCGAAAGAUCGCCGCUCGCAUCCUCAUCCGCGCCUCGGAUCGCUCGUCUCGCCAAGCACCACGGUAGCGUUAGAUCAGUCUAUUCUCACAGAGGACUUGACAAGCGCAAGAAAGGGACGCUCUUGUAUAGCAGCAAGCACUGGGCUGGCUCUCCUCGAGGAUCGGGCAGGCCUCGCGUCGCGGUGCCCAUCGGAGAGGUCGGCGAUGCUCUCAUCACUAACAGUGGCCUUCGGGCUUCCGACACGCUGCUCGUCGUUAACUUUGGACCGUACUUGCGGCGCUUGCCGAUCAAACGCGUUUGUGUAUGGGCAACAGUGGCACUGGUCCUCUUCCAACUACGAGAUUUCGUCGGGGUGAUAAUGGGAACCAUUGUGCUAUCGAUGAUUGGAAAUACUUUCAUAAGCUGGGCAGAAGAGUACUUGCCCGGGAGGAGGCGGUUUUUAAUCGCGACCAUGUAUGUCGUGAUCAUCGCCGUGCUAACGGGACUUGGUAUCAUGUACAUACCGAGGUUGCUCCAGGAAGGUGCCAAUAUCAUUGGUCGCAUUCAGCAAAGCGAGAACCCCUACAGCCUUUUAUCCGAGAAACUCAAAAGCGCUCUGGGAGAGAAUGUGACCGAUCAACUGGAAAGAUUUCUUCUUGCCGUGAUGAGGCCAGACUCCGUCGUCCGGGAGUCCAUGGCCGGUAACACCGCUCAAAGGUCCAUAAUUUUUCAGCAGUUGAUAAAGGAGUACUCAGGAGCGAUGGUAGCUUGGCUAGCAACUCUCAUCUCUGCAACAAGUCGUUUCGCACUGCAGAGUUUUGUUAGUUUAAUAUUUUCCUUCCUCUUUGUCUGGGAUGCGCCUUCUGUAAAAGCAGGUAUCCAAUCGCUGAAACAAACUAGGCUCUCUGUUGUAUAUGAGGAGAUAGCACCUGUGGUGGCCACAUUCGGGCAAAUUUUUGGAAAAGCUUUACAGGCACAGAGCACCAUCGCAUUGGUAAACACAGUUUUGACAAGCUUAGGCCUCCUGGCGUUGAGAGUGUCUGGAGUAGGAUGGCUUUCAUUGCUGGUGUUCUUGUGCUCCUUCGUACCCGUGGCGGGAGUUAUAAUCUCGACGGUUCCCAUUGGAAUUGUAGCUUUUGUGGAGACUGGAUUCUUACAACUGAGCUUGGUGGUUUUGAUGGUAAUACUCAUUCACGCUUUGGAAGCGUACGUGCUAAAUCCUGCAAUAUAUUCAGCUCACCUGAAACUACAUCCUCUUCUAGCAUUGGGUGUCUUGGUUUUUGCGGAGCACGCCCUGGGGGUGUGGGGAUUGAUUGCAGCAGUGCCAAUGGCUGUGUUUUUCAUCGAGUACGUUAUCAAGAGAAAUUCAUGCUACCAAGAGAAUGUCUAAUCCAUUUGUCUAUAAUAACAAUAGAAUUACUCAGCAAAUAGGUUUUUUCAACCUUAA